AUGCCUGACCUGAAUUGCAGUGAACCUAUAGAAGUUCCAAAUAUACAUACACUAUAUGAAGGCUUAACUGAUACUCAAUAUAUUUUACUCAUUGUUGCUGGAGGAGUUGUCACUGCUGUUCUUAUCCUUGGUAUCCUGCACUUUUUCUACAUAUGGAAAUAUAUCAACGAUGAAAAGAUUCGAUCAAAACUUUAUAUUCUGGCACUAAUGUUUCCACUCAUAGUUUCAUUGGCUAUAACUUCGAUGUUCUCUCCACGUACUGGUCCAAUAUUUUCCUCUAUCGGAGUGCUAUACCUUCUCUUUUGCUUAUACACAAUAACGUCAUUAUGCAGGUUCAUCUACGGGAGUCGUGAGCGCUUAGCUUCAGUUCUUAGUGAGGAGAAAGCAAUACUUAGCUUUCAAGUACCACCAUGUUGCUGCUGCAUGCCAUGUCUUCCUAAAGCGGCUCCUAGCGAGCGAAAUCUGAAAAUAGUGGAAUGUUUGACUUUGCAAGGUCCAAUUGUUCGUGCUUUCAUUGUUAUACUUAACUGUCACUUUAUAGCUGAACGACGAGAGGAAGCGGAUAAAUUAUUGCUCAUCACUGAAUUAUCCGGUAUACUUUCCCUCCUUUUCACAAUCUUUGGAUCACAUACGAUGGCGAAGCUCACUGGACCAUAUGUGCAGCAGUACAAAUGCCCAACAAUGUUCCGCUUCGUUGAUAUCUCGUUGGCACUAUUCACCGCUCAAUUUCCAUUAAUUUUUGAUUUGAUUUUCGUAAAAUUCGGUGUGAUUACGUGUGGACCGAUACUGUCAGCUGUGGAAAACGCAAAAUACAUUUACAACUUUGUACUCAUCUGCGAAUGUUUCUUCUGUUCGCUUCUCGCCUCAAAACUACUCGUUCCCGAAAAGAGUGCACUCUUUGACAAAUGUCCUCAUCGUCAACUGCAAGUGAUGGACACUCGAGAGAAAAUGCUUCCCGCAGGAGAGCUGUAG